CUGAUCGCUCUUCCUGUAGGUAAGACGAUAGGCGUGCCGCAAGUAUCUUGUGCACGCGGUGUCCUCGGUCCGAUCUUGGAGCCGUGGCUACCUUUAUGGAUCGGAUCACGUCGCGUACUUCAGCAGGUAGAAUCCGUGGUGGUAUCCAGUGGGAAAUGGGGUUUGACACGGAUGUGCGAGUCCCGUCCUUGUUUGAUAAUGUUGUCAGCGGAACAUGGUAAAAGGGAGGGACCCUGCCAUACUUUAAGACUCCUUCCUUGCGCCUCUUCCAAAAUGAUCGCCUGUACUUUCGACGAUCUUCUUGCAAAGCUGUUCUACAACUGGUAUCGGCUAGCAGUCGAGAUGUAA